AUGUCCUCUCAAUUUGAUAUAGGAAGUCAGAGUAGUUCAAGUCAACAAAUUAGCUUAAAUUCUUCUACUCCCUCGUUUAGCGAAUUUUGUCGCUUUUUAGAAGUUGCUUCAAGAGAAAAAGGCGAUGCAAAAAAGAAAAAGCUACACAAAUAUUUCGUGAACUGGAGGACUAAAUACGGAAAUGACUUUUACCCCGUUAUGCGUUUACUUAUUCCACACCUGGACAAUGAAAGAACCUCAUAUGGGAUGAAAGAAAAUGUUCUUGCUAAAACCUAUAUAAACGUCUUGGGUUUAUCAAAAGAUUCCCCUCAUGCUGAACGGUUAUUGCAUUGGAAAAUGCCUGGAAGUAACAAAAGUAAAACUGCUGGUGACUUUGCUUCGGUUGCUUUUGAAGUGAUUGCUCCUCGAUCUACUGUUGUUGGUCAAGGAUCGAUGUCAAUUGAUGAUGUGAAUCAGCAGCUUGAUACUUUGAACGCCUCUAGUGGCCAAAGCGAAUCACGUAUCAUAAUUCGUAAUUUCUUUACUAAGUGCACUGCCAUAGAACAAAAAUGGAUUAUUCGUAUCAUUUUGAAAGAACUUAAAAUUGGCAUGAGUGAAAAGACUAUAUUUUCUGCCUUUCACCCCGAUGCUUCGUCUCUUUUUAAUGUAUGCAGCGAUCUGAGAAAAGUUUGUUCCGAAUUACAAGAUCCUUAUAAGAGGUUUACUAGUUCGGAAAUCUCCAUCUUCCGUCCAUUCAAACCAAUGCUUUCUAAAUCAGUUGCUGUUCAAAAUAUUAUCAAAACAAUGGGUGGUAGUUUUUGGAUUGAAGAAAAAAUAGAUGGCGAAAGAAUUCAAUUACACAUGAAAAAUGGAAGAUAUGAAUAUUUUUCAAGGCAAGGAAAAGCUACUCAAUAUACAUAUAUGUAUGGCUCUAAUAAAUAUGAGGGUGCCUUAACAAAAUAUAUACAUUCCUGUAUUCAUGAAGGUGUUCAAGAAAUUGUUCUUGAUGGUGAGAUGGUUCCGUAUGACCCUACUUUAGAUGUCUAUCAACCUUUCGGGUCCCUGAAAUCCGUCUGCAAUGAUAAGUCCGAUGAUGAAAAUAAAUGUCACCCAUGCUUUUUGGUUUUUGAUAUUGUGCUACUUAAUGGAAAGUCACUUGCUAAUUAUACUUUGGAAAAGCGGCGCGGAUUUCUAAAAUCUCUUAUUACAGAUAAGCCAGGAUAUAUCCAAGUACUUCCUCACAAGGUAGGAAAUUCUAUGAAAGAUUUGACUGAAGCUAUGGAUGAUGCUGUUAUGAAAAGGCAUCCCUCUAGUACUUAUGUUCUCAAUGAACGUGUUGAUGAUUGGAUUAAAAUCAAACCUGAGUAUUUGGAUACACUUGGUGAUGACUUGGAUUUGAUUGUUUUUGGUGCCGAUUAUGGUCAAGGGAAUAGAGGCAAUAAAUUUGGAAGUUUUAUGUGUGGGUUAAGGGAUUCUAAGUCGCUUGAUAAUGAAAUUAGAUCAUUAGAAGGUUGGGAGCCUUUCGAUCCUAACCGAAUACCGGAUUGGCUUGUAAUCGGUCGUGAUAGACCCCAUAUGCUAAUCCCACCAGAAAAGUCAGUUGUAGCUCAAGUGAGAGCAUCAGAAAUAGUGCCUGCAAUUGAUUAUGCGACAAAUUUCACCCUUCGGUUUCCUCGAUUCGAAAAACUUCGUCCUGAUAAAGAUUGGAGUUCUGCCACUAGUCUUGAAGAAAUGAUGCAUCUUAGAAAGGAAUCCUCAGGACGUCUACAAUCUAAAAAAGUGACAGAAGACGAUUUGGUAACAACUUCAAGAUCAACAAAGAGGAAAAUCAGGGCACCACAAAGGGUUAGACGAUCCACUCUACUUGAAACGUACACUUCUCAGAGUGGCCCAGUCGAAAAAAAAUCCAGAAUAUUUACUCAUAAAAAAUUCUAUGUCAUGGUGGCUAAAUAUAAAACCUUCACGAAAGCAGAUCUGGAGCGUAUGAUUAAAGAACAUGGUGGUGAAUUCUUCCAGCAUCCUGAUGCCUCUCCAAAUUUAUAUAUAAUUGCCGAAUCGCUAUCAAAUUUUCGAAUCCGCAAGCUUGUGGAAACUGGAAAACAUGAUAUUAUACACCCAAGAUGGAUCGAAGACUCUAUUAGUACACAUCGUGCCAUACCAUUAAGUCCAAGAUACAUGUUGUUUAUUACCGACGCCACAUCACAUGAAUUCAGCAAAAGAAUGGAUCAGUUUGGUGAUAGCUAUACGGAAAAAGUCGAUGUAGCUACCCUAAAAGAGAUCUUUGACCUUAAUCCUAUUGAAGAAAUAUUCGAUGACAGCAAACGUCGUCGAUUAAAUGACGAAAUAGAGGGUCGUUAUUUUGAUGAUACGGGUUUACCAAAUGCUAUCUUCAGGCGUUGCGUAAUUUACAUUGAUUAUCCGCCUCUUAGAGAUAAUUCGGUCAUAGACGACUUAUGGGCACUACAAGAAGGCUGUCGUGAUAGAUUGAAACUUAUUGAAUUGACUCUUCGUUAUCACGACGCUCAAGUAACCAAUGACUUAUGCUCGCCUAACAUAACGCAUGUAAUAUUUGAUGAACGGGAUUUAAGUCGUGUCGAUGCUAUCAAAAAACGGCAUAAAGGGCGUCAGAAUGAAUUAAUUCCUCGAUUUGUACGUUCAUCUUGGGUUACUGACAGCGAAAAUUUAGGCGCGUUAAUAGAUGAAAAAGGCAAGUAUAACACUUUUAAUGAAA